UGCGGGAUUUUGACACUAAUGAUCACGUCGGUUUAAGAACGGCGAACGAACUUCUGAUUUUCCAAAUCCGGUUUGCAAAGUAUUCUUUGCAAAAAUAACUAUCAAGUGAUUAAAUUUGAGAAAGAAAAAUGCUUCCUUUCGUGCGGUGGUUAGACAAAGCAAUCCGAGCGAAGUAGGUUCAUGUGUCGCGUAGAAGGCGGUAAUAGAAAUCCUUGUUUGUUAGGUAACUUGGAAUAAUGUUGGUGCAGUGCUCGUGAAGUUGUUUUUCUACUUUAUAGUUUGAUAUACAAGUAGUCUAGAUUAUGUGCGAAUCGGAAGAAUCGAUCCUGCUAGACCAGGAGAUUGCGCAUCGAUUGCGAAAUGAGCAUCCAGAGCAGUUCAUUACGCUUGUUCGCAUGCACCUUUCAUUUGAACUAGAUCUGAACACGGAUACAGAGAAUGACCCAACGGGAAUUGAGAAAAUCAAAAGUAAGAAAUGGAAGGGGUUUCAUAAGAAGGCUAAAUCUUGUGCUUCCACCAAAUCCACAUCUCCAGAAGCGGCUAAAACUGUACUUACCAAGCAGAACAUACGCGACUUGCAACAACUCAUCAACUUCCUUAUACAGGACAAAAAUAUAACUCAAGAAGGUAUUUUUCGGAAAACUGGUUCGCUCAAUCGACAAAACGAAUUAAAGAACGCUCUAGUCCAAGGCGUUCCAAUAUGCCUCGAGAAAGGAGACUUUACAGCACAUGAUUGCGCCAGUGUGCUGAAGAGUUUUCUGGCUGAUCUCUCUGAACCUUUACUGACAGAGCUGUACUACUCAGCAUACUGUCAGGUUGCAGAAUUUUGCCAUUCCAAAGAAUCCAUAGCGGUUCGCGAGGAUAGGUUGCUCAAUGCGAUUCAGCUUCUGUUUCUUUUGUUGCCAAAAGAAAAUAGUAUUUUGUUGAAAAGCAUAAUUGAUAUGCUGCAUACAACUAUUCAGCACGAAGCAACAAAUAAAAUGUCUGCUGAUAACUUGGCCACGUUAUUCACACCACACCUGAUUUGUCCACGAAAGCUCUCGCCGGAAGGACUGCACGCAACUGCCCAGCAGAUGUGUAGUAUUAUUAGUUUUAUGAUCAAAACGGGUCCGAGACUGUUUCAUAUUCCACCGAAGUUGACAACAGAUAUUCGAGCGUUCUUUGCCGAGAGGAAACGACGGAAGACGAUGUCACCAGAUCACAUCCUUAACGAAUCGAUCACCUCGGACUCGGUUGCCAAUACGGUGUAUACCUUUGUGGAUCGUGAAAAAACGGCCGAAGCCCAUGUUAUGAAUUCUACCGACACCGCACUUGCACAGUUGUACGCGCACAUUCAAAGUCUUCCGGAGUCCUCUCGCAAGAAAAAACUCAUCAAACAGUUCAAUCGGGAAAAUGGCCAUGGAACGCCUCUACAGGUGUUAAUGCUGAGGGAAAAAAACUCGGGUGGGUCGACAGCAAAGGCGCCGAAAUCGAUAGGCGAUUCCAUCAAGCGGCACAUUUUUCACAAAGGAAUUGUAUCAAAAACUCCAAAGCGAAAUAGUCACACUCCGGUGUGUUUUCAGACUCCAAGCGGAGCAGUAUCUCAUAUCCCCAAGCAACGAGUACUUUUCCAGACUCCAGUGUCCUCUGCGUCGAAUUCACCGAUUGUGCUAGCUAAGCGCUGUUCGAUUGUAUCAAGUUCAUCGUCGUCAUCCUCCGAGAGUGGUCUCACCACAUCCAGGUCGUGCUCUUCUUCACCAACUACAAGGGGUGCUGUUAUUAGGAGCAACAGCAGCACUUCAAGCUCAGCCAUGAAAUCCAAUCGGCACGAAACCAAGCGAACGGUUGAAUUUGCUGACAGUGAAGAAAUUGGGAUUAAAAAAAGUCGAAUUGAUACGCAUGAAGGCGAGGAGGAGCCACCACCUCCAGAAGACGACGAUGAUUUUGUUGAACAAGAAGGAGACGACAUUGGAGAGGAUGAUGAAGACGAAAUUCGGGAAGCGGGCAGAACGCUAAGUGACAAUGAAGAAGAUCGGUAUUGUUCACCGAAUUUGAGUGACAGUCGAUCGAAGUAUAAAUCCGAGCCAAAUUUAAGCACGAUUGUUAACGAACAAAGGCAGACGCGUGAGGUCACCGGUAAGGAGAGAAAAAUCUCCUUCCUCAAGAAUAAACUAAUUAAAGGUGUAUCAAUGGGAAGCUUGCGAUUGCCAUUUGGCCAAGAAAAUCGUUCGGGUAAAAAGUCUUCUUCCUCAACAUCUCUGCUUAAAUGCUGCUUUGAAGAUAAUCUCAAAAGUGCUAAAAAAUCGAUGGAAGGCUGCUCAAUGUCUGGUUCCAUUGCCUCUAUCGCCUCACCGGACUGUCGUUUGAUGGCGAUAUCAUCGUUGCUUGGCAAAACCACCGGCCAAGUCGGACGGGGUAACGAAGAGUAUGAUCUGGUCAAUAUGAUGAAUGAAAACAAUGCUAAUCUGGAUGCGAAUAGUUGGAAUCACGGUUGUCUGACUAGCACGCCGGCACUCAGCGGACGCGAAUCAAUGUCACCGAUCACUAAAUCCACUCAACGGAUGCCGAAAUCAAUGCAGGAAUCGAUUAUGACCCCACGCUCUCGCAAACCAGUAAUGCUGCUGGCAGGAAUGAAUGCCGGAGACCAGCAGCAGUCUUCAUACGCCAAUCAGAACAGCUUCUCCAGUCUCCGAGAAGAGGAUGAAGAAGAAGCCACUGAAGUUGCGAUAGCCACGUACCCACCACAGAACAGCGAGAAACCGAUCCGAACAGAUUUUUGCUCUCGACCAGAAAGUAAUGCGAAUAGAAACGAUACUGGGGAAUUGUCUAGUAUGACUGAAUCUGGCACAUCGACCAACGACUGUGCCAUGAAUUCGGCUGGAAACUGUAUUGACGAGGAAUCCACUUCACUAACCAGUACCUUUAGAGACUAUUUGUUAAGUCGUAGUGUGAUGACCGAUGAUAGCCCUGCAGAUCUAUCGUUUUCAAGUCAACCGGACGACUUCGAUUCCAGUGAUGAGUUAGACCAUUUAAGUGAAUCGAAAAUGAGCGAAAGCCUUCUGUUUUGUAUGAAUGGAAAUAGACCUGUCGAGAUGGACUCCGAUGCAACGCUGAUCAAACUACAAAAACGUGAUGUACAGCAGGCUGACACCGAACCCCUAUACGAAGAAGACAGUAUUUCUUCUAAUAAGCUUCCGCUGAGCAGUGGAACAGAGCUGGACGAAACUUCUCUUUGAAGAGUUGCGAUUCAUACCGGAAAUUGGUUCUAUCAAUUUCUCUUUUCUACUUUAUAAUGUUGCAAAUAAUCAAAUCGUGAAUAAACACAAACUUUUAUUGUUCUGGGAAAACAAAAUUAUAAUAUACCUUAACGAUAAACUGAACCGCGUUCGCGUUAUCCAUAGAUUACAUUGAAUAAACGCAAGUUAUUAAAA